AUGGGAAUUCUCGAAAAUGAUAUGAAAGAAAAUAAAAAUGAAGAAUUAAAAAAAACUACGAACAAGAAAAUAUAUAAAAAUUCCGAAAAAUUAAAAAAAAAUAAAAAAGGGGGCACUAAUAGUGAAAUAAAUAAAAACUGUGGAAUAAUUAAAAUUGUUCGUGGGUGUCAAAAUGGUGAUAAUAUUUUUGACUUUAUCAAUGGAGAAUACAAAAAGAAAUAUAUAAUAAAGGGAAUAAAUAAUACUAGUGAAAAUAUAAGCGAGACAAAUUUAGAACAAAAAAAGAGUGAAUAUAUUUUUUUCGAAUCAAUUAAUUCAUAUGAAUUAAAAAAGUAUAAAACAAGUGACAUUAUAUUUAAUAUGUUAGUUGAUAUUACAAAAAAUAAUAUGGAAAAUUUAUAUAAUGAAAGUAAUUUUUUAAAUAAAGGGUGGUCUAGUUUGAAAAAGCAAAAAGAAUUUAUGAGUAAUAAAUGUAAACUUAUAUUAGGUUUUAAAAAUGUAGCUGGAAAUGAAAAAAAAAAUAUGACCAAGUCAGGUAAAAAUGAUACUAAUAAUAAUGUAAAUAGCAAACAAGACAGAAAUUGCCUUGGAAAUAAUAUUGAUAAGGAAAGCGACAUAAACUUUAUAAACGUAUUAAAAAGUAAUAAUCCAGAAAAAGUAGAAGAAUAUUUAAAAAAUAAUAAAUUAGUUUGCUUUGUCCAUUAUAGAAUAAUUCCUGAUUAUUAUCCAUAUGAACAAAAUAUUAUUUGCUAUUUGUAUGAAAUUCAAAUAAUUCCCGAUUUUAAAGGUAUAGGUAUAGGUAUCCAUUUAAUAUAUAUGCUAGAAAGUUUAUGCAAAAGUAUUAAAAUAAAUAAAAUUUUAUGUACCGUUUUAAAAAAUAAUACUAAUGCUGUAGCAUUUUAUAAAAAAAAAUGUUUAUUUGAAAUGGAUGAAAAUUCACCAGACAAUUUUAACACAAAUAAUUCAAAACCAUGUGAAUAUGAAAUUUUAAAAAAAGAAAUAAUUUUAUGA